AUGGCCGCUGUUCGCCUAUUCUUCUUCCUCCUCCUCCUCUCCCUCCUCCCUCUCUCCCAUCCUCUCUCGGAUAACCAAGCUCUCCUCAACCUAAAAAAGUCCUUCUCCGACCCCCAAUCCCUCUCCUCCUGGGUCCCCGACCAGAACCCUUGCUCCUCCCGUUGGGUCGGCGUCAUCUGCGUCAACAACGUCAUCAACAGCCUCCAUCUCACCGACCUCUCCCUCUCCGGCACCAUAGACAUCGAAGCCCUCUCCCAGAUCCCCUCUCUCCGCUCCAUCAGCUUCGUCAACAACAACUUCUCCGGCCCCAUUCCUCCCUUCAACAAACUCGGAGUCCUCAAAGCCAUCUACUUGACCAACAACAAGUUCUCCGGCCCCAUCCCCUCCGAUUUCUUCUCCCAGUUAGCCUCCUUGAAGAAAAUAUGGCUUUCCAACAACAAAUUCUCCGGCCCCGUCCCCCAAUCCUUAACCACCCUCCGCUUCCUCUCCGAGCUCCAUCUCGAGAACAACGAGUUCUCCGGCCCCGUCCCCGAACUCAAACAGGACAUCAAAUCACUCGACUUCUCCAACAACAAGCUCCGAGGCCCAAUCCCCUCCUCCAUGUCGCGCUUCGACGCCAAAUCUUUCUCCGGCAACAUUGAACUCUGCGGGAUGCCGCUGGAUAAACCGUGUGAGUCCGCGGCCAGUGAAGGCCCCGGUUGGGGAUUAAAGGUGGUUAUUAUCAUCUUCAUUGCCGCUGUUCUCGCCGGCGUUUUCGUCAUGGCGCGAUCCAAGCGUCAACGCGACGAUGACUUCAGCGUGAUGAGCAGGGAUAACGCGGAAGAGGUGGUGCAGGUGCACGUGCCAAGCACCAACCACAGCAGGGGAACCUCCGAUGGGAGCAAGAAGGAGUCGACGACGUCGAAGAAAGGGGCGGGGCGGAGUAUUGGUGACCUCGUGAUGGUGAACGACGAGAGGGGCACGUUUGGGUUGCCUGAUCUGAUGAAGGCUGCGGCGGAGGUUCUCGGAAACGGUGGGCUGGGUUCGGCGUACAAAGCCGCCAUGGCCAGUGGGUUGUCUGUGGUGGUAAAGCGGAUGCGGGAGAUGAAUAAAGUGAGCAGAGACAUCUUCGACGCCGAGAUGAGACGUUUUGGAAGAAUCAGAAACCCUAACAUCAUCACGCCUCUCGCUUACCAUUACCGAAAGGAGGAGAAGCUGUUCGUCACAGAGUACAUGCCCAAAGGAAGCUUGUUAUACGUCUUGCACGGUGACAGAGGAUCGAGUCAUUCGGACCUGAACUGGCCAAUCCGUUUGAAAAUCGUGAAGGGAAUAGCACGAGGGUUAGGGUUUCUGUAUAAAGAAUUUUCUAGCGAAGACCUGCCACAUGGAAACCUGAAAUCAAGCAAUGUUCUGCUAACUGAUAAUUACGAAGCUCUCCUCGGAGAUUUCGCCUUUCAUCCUCUCAUGAACCACAACUACGCCGUACAGACAAUGUUUGCAUACAAAACUCCAGAUUACGUAACAUACCAGCGUGUGACACAGAAAACCGACGUCUACUGCCUCGGAAUCAUCGUUCUUGAGGUGAUCACCGGGAAAUUCCCUUCUCAGUAUCACAGCAAUGGCAAGGGUGGCACUGACGUGGUGCAAUGGGUGCUAACUGCAAUCUCAGACAGAAGAGAGGCGGAAUUGAUCGAUCCAGAGUUGAAGAGCAGUCACUCUAACUCCCUGAAUCAAAUGCUGCAACUUCUCCAAAUAGGGGCUGCUUGCACGGAGAGCAACCCCGACCAACGACUUAACAUGAAAGAAGCCAUUAGGAGGAUAGAGGAGGUUCAGGUUUAA